AUGGGCAGGCAUUGUAAGGCCUGCGAGGCCGCAAAGACCCUUCUGGGUUGCUGCCUGGGGGCUUCUCCCCCAAGCCCAGCAGCACCAGCAGCAGCAGCACCAGCAGCAGCACCAGCACCAGCUCCACAAAACGGCGGAGCUCAAGACAACGGAGGUGAAGGCAUCCCCCUCCAAAACGUCGCCCCCCAAAACACCAGCACCAGCGGCGCCAGCACCGGUACCAGUAACAACACCAGUACCGACAACACCAACGCUCCUGGCCGCCCUCGCCCAGCUUCUCUGCCUGCUGCCGCACCGUCAGAGAGUCGGCCCAAGAAGGCUCGUGUCAGUUGUCGACCUUACUCUGCCCUAGACUUGUACGGCCCCCCACCAUCUCCACCUCCCAAUCGACCUCUCCCUCCAAUCCCAGAACACGCCCGCCGACGCAACUCGCAGCAGGCGACCACCUCCACCACGACGAGCCGCUCGCAGCGUGGUAGUAACUCACAGCAAGGGAGCAACUCGAAGCAGGCGACCAAUUCGGAGCAACUCGACAAAUCGGAGCAGCUGCUCAGCGAGUCGCAUCUGUCUGACAGCUGCCAGCAAAGCGACAGCUCGGGCGAGACCAUCGACUCGGCGCAGCUUGAUGAGCUGCUGCAGAUUGGCAAUUCGCAACAGGCAGACAUCGCGCAGCAGACCGACGUCUCGCAGAUCACCUGUAACUUAGUGCAGCUGGACACGCAGCGCAAUCUGCCCAUCAUGGAGUCCGUCAUCCUGCAUCCGCUGCCCGUGAUCUCCAUCGGAGACUACGUGACCAGGCACAAACUGAGGGAGCAGCCGGGCCCUAUCGUCGGCGCACUGUUCGGCCAACAGAAUGGCCGCGAGGUUACUAUCGAAACUGCCUACGAGGUGCAAACCCUGCUGGACGGAGACCAGGUCACCCUAGAGCCUAGCUGGUUCGAGACUCGUCUGGAGCAGAUGAGACUUGUGCACAAGGAUCGCACCCUCGACCUGGUGGGCUGGUUCACCGUGAACCCCCGAAGCGGCCCGGGAAACCACAUCCUUCCAAUCCACAACCAGAUCCUUGCCUACAACGAGUCCGCCAUCCUGCUCGGAUUCCACAGCGAGGAGGUUGGUGAGGAGUCUGUCGGUGGAAAGCUGCCCUUUUCCGUCUACGAGACUGCAUACGAAGUCGACGAUGCGGCCAAAGACACCACUACCGAGGGCGAGGACAAAGAGAUGAAGGACGGCGACUCUCAGCUGAGGCUCAAAUUCAGGGAGCUUCCAUUCACCGUCGAGACGCACGAGGCGGAAAUGAUUGGAAUGACCUCGGUUGCUGGUGCCGCUGCCAAUGCCGCCUCGGAGCGAGUGCAGGAGGAGCUUCUGAAGCUUGACGUCAAGGGCAAAGGCAAGGGCAAGGCGAAGCAGGCCGCCAAGGAGGACGAGAAGGUCGACCCUGAGAAUGCGGCUUUGUCCAAAGAGGACCAGGAGAUGAUUUCAGCCCUCACCACCAAGGCGAACGCCAUCAAGAUGCUGCAGGCCCGGAUCGACCUCAUCAUCAAGUACCUGCAGAAGCUCCCUCCUCCGUACAUGGACGAGGUCAACUCCGAGGUUGCCGCUGGCGACCACACCGAGCCUUCCCAGACCUUGCUGCGUCUCGUGCAGGCUCUUGUUCACCGUCUGAGCAUCAUCGAGCCAUCUGAUGCCGAGGCCUUCCAGGAGGAGCUCCUGAGCGAGGAGAACGAUGUCAGCACGAUCGAGCUCCUUACUGAGCUCAUGAACCGAGCCGGUGACACCAGAGACAUUGGCAAGAAGUUCCACGCCAUUGAGACUGAGAAGGCCCACAACAGCCAGCGUGUGGCUACAUACGCUUCUCAGGGAGCUGGUUUUGGCCACUCUCAGCCCAGCAAGGGCGGUCGACCUGGAUCCUUGUCUGCAGCCGGCGACCUGAUGUAG